CGACUCCUGAUGCUCAUGCCUCUGGUUGCCCUUCUCCCACAGAGGUCAGGGGAGACAUGGGGAACCACACCACCGUCACCGAGUUUGUCCUGCUGGGGCUCUCGGAUGCCUGUGAGCUGCAGAUGCUCAUCUUCCUGGGGCUCCUCCUGACCUACCUCCUCACUCUGCUGGGGAAUCUCCUCAUUGUGGUCAUCACCCUUAUGGACAGGCGCCUCCACACCCCCAUGUACUACUUCCUUUGCAACUUUGCUGUCCUGGAGAUCUGGUUCACCUCGGUCAUCUUCCCCAAGAUGCUGACCAACAUCCUGACUGGAUACAAGACCAUCUCCCUAGCAGGCUGUUUCCUACAGAGUUUCCUCUAUUUCUUCCUGGGCACCACGGAGUUCUUCCUACUGGCGGUGAUGUCCUUUGACAGGUAUGUGGCCAUAUGUAAUCCCUUGCGUUAUGCCACCAUCAUGAGUAAAAGGGUCUGCAUCCAGCUAGUUCUUUGUUCAUGGAUGGCGGGAUUCAUUCUCAUCAUAGGUCCAAGUUUAAUCAUAUUUCAGCAGCCAUUCUGUGGCCCCAAUAUCAUUAAUCAUUUCUGUGACAACUUUCCACUCCUCAAACUCAUAUGUGCAGACACAAGUCUGAUAGAGCUUCUGGGUUUUAUUGUGGCCAACUUCAAUUUGCUGGGUACUUUGUGUGCGAUGGCCACCUGCUAUGGCCACAUCCUCUACAGCAUCCUGCGUAUCCCCUCAGCCAGGGAGAGGCAGAAGGCCUUCUCGACCUGCUCCUCCCACAUCAUCGUCGUGUCUCUUUUCUAUGGCAACUGCAUCUUCAUGUAUGUCCGGUCAGGCAAGGACGACCAGGGGAAGGACAGGAAUAAGGUGGUGGCCUUGCUCAACACUGUGGUGACCCCAAUGCUCAAUCCCUUCAUCUAAACACUGAAGAACAAACAGGUGAAGUGGGUGUUUAGGGAUCAGGUAAACAAGCUCUUCUAAUAAAGAUGUGGAACCAAGAGGCUGAAGCUAAUAUUCCCAGACAGUCUAAGGGAAUAUCAGGCUCCUGGAAGAAAUUGAGACUUUCCCAUUCAGAAAAAGCUCUGAUGACAUGUUUCUGGAGUGCCAGUCACUAUGUAACUCAGCAUGAACUCAUAAGCUUUCUGGUAUUUUUAAGCAUUUCAAGGCAUUUUAUUAAUUGUCAAAUAUGAGUAAUUCUGUUCAUUACAUCUGUGUCAGUUUGACUUCCCAACAGAAUACAAGCUCUCUGAGAGUAAGUACUAACUCUGUAACUCACCAUAAGCCUCAAGCACCAGUCCGUUGUCAUAGACCAUACACAAAUCAGUAAGUACUUGCAGACUGAUCAAUUACUUUGUGUCUGUUUCUGAAACACCGUCACCAGAGAGGAGAAAAUUUCUCUAUUAGCACUGUCCUUAUUUACACACCUGAAGGGCCCCCACCCAUAAGAUGGCGAACUUUCUGCUUCUCUUCCGGGUCCUCGGUUCCCGCCGGGGCCACCUGAACCCCAAUCACCCCUCGCCCCCCUCCCAAUACCAGCACCUAGCCAAUAGCCACCAGCCCCGUAGAAGUGACACCACAAUCAGCUCAUGCCCCUUCCUAUAUAACCCGGCACCUUUCCCUAAUAAAGCGGAAUUCUCCGGUGAAUUGCUGCUGUGUGUCGCUCCUUUCCUUUCAUUGGUGCCAAAACCCGGGAGACGGGACACCCUAACUGGGCCCCGUCUUCCCCCCGACACCAGCAGCAGCUUGCCCUCAUCCUCUUUUUCCGGCACUGACUCAUCACACUCACCACUCCUCUUUGGCCUUUAGGUAAGUUUUCCCCAGGGGAGUGGGCCACUCUUCCCCGAGCUAUCGCAGCGCCAUUGACCGUGAUUGUCCGGCAAGGCCCUGAUGCUCGGGGAUGAGGAGGGAACUCUCCCCGCCUCAGGCCUUCACGGCUGCGGCGGACCCUCAGGCCCCCCUUCAACAGCCAUAAACGAGGUGACUCCUUUGCGGAUGAGAACGCUCCCUUCCCUCCCCCCUCCUCCUUCCGUUCCUUCCGCCAAAAAUCCCUAGUACUAGGUACCUCGUGACUCCGGCACUCUGCCUUCUUAGAGAAGUCUGGGUGACGACCCACACUUCCUAAGAAACCGACUCGUAUGCAAGUUUCCGCAGACCACCAAGGAUCAUCGGGGACGCCCUUUGUCUCCUUGCCGUCUGCUCCCAGUCCGAGGGUCUCCGUUCGUCUUCCCCUGUUUGUCUCCUUCUCUGUCCUUUAGCCAUGGGAGCCUCCUCAUCCCUCCCUGAAAGUUCACCUCUUGAACGCCUGCUCAAGCAUCUAGCCACCCUCUCCCUGACGCCUGAUAUAAAACCAAAACUUCUCCGUAAAUACUGCCCCCAAGAUUGGCCGACAUACCCCCUAGACAAUAACAACCAAUGGCCCACAGGGGGAACUCUUGAUCCUAACAUCACUCACGAUCUUUUUAACUACUGCCAGCACCUGAAACAAUGGAAGGAGAUUCCCUAUAUCGAAGCUUUUCGCCUCCUAGCUCAAAAUCCCAGCCUCUGCAUCGCCUGUUCCC